AUGGCUUUUGGUGCUACCAUAAGGGGGUUUCUGAACUGCAUUCGUCCUGUUUUAAUUGUAGAUGUAACACAUUUAAGGGAUAAAUACAGUGGUAAACUCCUGCUUGCGACUAGGGUCGAUGGAAAUAAUCAAAUAUACCAAGUCGCAUUCGAUAUAUCUAGUGGAGAAACUGAUGAAUCUUGGGUGUGGUUCCUUCAACAAUUAAGAUGUGCAAUUGGGCAAGUUCAUGAUUUGGUUAUAGUAUCAGAUAGACACCCUAGCAUAAAAAAGGCAAUUAUCACGGUCUUCCCAGAAGCUUUUUAUGGUAUCUGCAUCCAUCAUUUGAAAGCUAAUUUAUUAGUUAAUUUUAAGAAUAAAGAUAUUUUCGAUAUUUUCGAUAAAUCAGCGAAGGCAAGUCGUGAGUCUGUGUUCAAGUACCAUUGGAGUCAAUUUGCAGGGUAUCCAGGUGCAUGCAAAUACCUAGAGGAUAUCGGUCUUGAGCGGUGGGCUAGGGUGUACCAAUGUAAUAGAAGAUACAAUCAGAUGACAAAAAAUCUCGCCGAAUGCAUAAACGGAGUGUUAAAAGAUGCACGACGGUUGCCAAUAACUUCAUUUCUAGACCAUAUUAGAGGUUGGUUACAAGAUUUGUAUUACAGACGUCGAACGGAAGCAUCAAACAGUACAUCAAGACUGUCGGACUAUGUGAUGACAAUAAUUCGUGACGCGGUGGACAAAGCGAGCAGAUAUGAAGUUUGA